CAUUUUAAGAAAUCAUACUCUGAGCUUCGGAGAAGGCCUCAACAUAUCGAAAUGUUGAGUUCCUUGAAACUAUUUAAAUUACCCAUCAAGUAUUUAACCCCAUUUUCUUGUUCAAGUAUUUUUGGGAGCUACGGAGAAGCCAGGGACGCCACAGUUAGAUGGCCCCACUUCUCCGUUUUUGGUCCCCAUUCUUGGUUUUUGGAGGGCUUACAGGGAAACAGCGGCUUUUGUUCUUCUUCUUGUUGUUCAUUUAGGGUUUUUAGUUCUUUCGCAGUGGAUAAAGGAGAUCAAAAGUGCUGGUCAUGUGGCGCUUCUGCUGCUUCAUUUCCAUUCCUUUCAUGUGAUUCAUGCCGAAGUGUCCAGCCUCUUGAUCCCUCCAUUAAUUACUUUGAUAUUUUUGGACUGAAGAAGGGAUAUGACAUAAGGGAUCAUAAUCUAGAGAACAAAUACAAGGAAUGGCAAAAGAAACUUCAUCCUGAUUUAGUUCAUUCGAAAUCUGAGAGAGAAAAAAAUUAUGCUGCUGAACAGUCAUUGCGUGUAAUUGAAGCAUACCAUACACUUAGCAGGCCACUAUCAAGGGCAAUAUAUCUGGUGAGACUUGAAGGUGUGGAUUUUGAUGAGGAGAAAACAAUUUCAGACCCAGAUUUUCUUGUGGAGAUAAUGGAAAUCAGGGAAUCUGUUGAAGAAGCUGUUGACAAGGAGGCUCUCAAGCAAAUUGAAAGUGAGAUACGAGUCAAACUAGGAAAAGCCCAGAAUUCCUAUGAGAAGGCAUUUGAGAACCGUGAUUUCGAAGACGCUCUUACGUUGAUCCGCAGAAUGACGUAUUAUGAACGUGCAAUUGAAGAGAUUGAAAAGAAACUAUAAUGGUUGCAUAUGCAUUGUCACCUCCUCUAGUGAUCUAUCCCUUUCCAUUACUAUUAUUACUACGCCGCAAUGGCGGCUGGUACUGCAAUUCAUCUUGUAACCCAUGUAUGAUGCCCAUUCUGAUUUAGCCAUGGAAUGCAAUCAAUUCAGUCAUCUUUAACCAGUUUGAUUUGAAACUUGGUGAAGAGGGAUGUGGAACUGAUGAAGCAGGGGAUAUGACUUGUUUCUUUAAGCAUGGGGAAUAUUUUGUGGAUAGGUUUUUUAUGUUUCGAUGAUGGUAGUGGGCUGGAGAUAAUUAUCUCCGUCUUUGAAGCCCUUCUCUGGGUUCUCCGCUGCACUUUUGAUUCUAAUGAGAUUUAUAACCUCUUCCAGUGCCCUAAA